GAAGACAGCCUUUCUCGGAUCGUCGCAGCUGGAAGACGAGUGUCGUCGAGAGGGAAGGGCAACGAUGAUCGCGAGUGUCCGGUGACGAAACGUGUUCCUGGUCGUUUCUUCUUACGCUUCGAAAACUUUCAAAGGUUGCUCGCGCGUCCAACGUGGCCGAUCACGUUCGAUCGCGUCCGACUUGGUCUCUGUCUCGCAUCGUUCACCGGGGACGCUGACGCAGAGGAGAAACGAGAAAUCGUCAACAUGUGGAUCAAACUCGUUCUUUUAGUUCGUCACGUCUCACAGAGUACCGGCGAGCAUCGCCAGACCGUCGGCGUACAACGACAACGGCGAGGACGACGACAACGACGGCGACGACGACGACGACGACGACGUUGUCGACGUGGAAAGAAAAACAAUCGCGAAGAACGGCAAACACGCGAAGAAGGUUGCACCAAAGUUGGAGAGCUUCGACAAAAACCCGGCCAAUCUCGAGCCGCCGCGACGUUUCGAUUUCGUCGACGAAGACAGAGAGGACAACGCGGCAAAGCGGCAGGUUCGCGUCGAAUUGGAAAACUUUGGCGACACCGGCGUGCUCCACGAGGGCGGUGUCCGUCGAUCGGACGCGCACAGGUCGCGGCUGCAGGGUCAGCGAGACUCGCUGAUCCCCGGAGUGCGCGUCAGG